AUGCGGAGUCGCCAGAGGCGCAUGACGCUCGGCCUGCCGGCCAGCGCGGCUCCGCAGGCGCUCCAAGCGCCGGGCCUUAACUCCGCGCCGACCGCGGGCGACAUCAACAUGACGUGGUACCGCUGGCAGAGCGUCGCACAGCCUAGCGAAGUGGAUUGGCGACAGACGAUCGUGAUGACGCCGGUGCUGAAUCAGCAGCUGUGCGAAAGUUGCUGGGCGUUAACGUCGACGGAUAUCGUUAGCAUCGUCUGGGCGUUGGUGAAUAAUCAGACGGCGCAGCCGCUGUCGCCGCAGCACGUGUGCGACUGCGCGGCGGGGCAGUGCUGCGAUGGCGGGUGGCCCGAGUGGGGGUUCCAGUUCAUUCUCGCUAAUGGCGGAAUCGCUACUAAUGAAGAUUACCCGUAUGUUGCGCACGGGAACUCUACGUGCCGCAAUAUCGCCAGUGGAAUGCUGAAGGCCAAGAUGACGGGAUGGGAGAAAGUGCCGGUUCGAAGCAACAAGGCGCUGAUGAAGGCCGUGGCGCAGCAGCCAGUGCUCGUGUACCUCUCUUCGGCCACCAACGACUUCAUUAGCUACUCUGGCGGCAUUUUCGAUGGCGAUUGCAGUGGCGACAUCGAUCACGCGAUGCUGCUUGUUGGUUACAACAUAACGGACCCGGCCAGCCCGUAUUGGAUUCUGAAGAAUACGUGGGGAGCAAACUGGGGUGAAAACGGCUACAUGCGGUUGCGAAUGUUACCAGACGGUAACGGCAAGUGUAACGUGAUGAGCGAAAACGCGAUUUACCCGGUUUUCUACGAGCGGAACAGCAGGGCUUGCGAGGUCAUCACCCCCAACCCUUGCGGCGGGGGCGUGUGCGAAGUGCGAAGCGGCAGGGCGAGAUGUAACUGCCCCCCGGGCUUCGUUGAGAGACUCGAGGAAAGCGCGCCCAAGUGCGUUACGGCUACACCGUGCGACGCUAAUCCCAAUCCCUGUGGUGUCGGGACAUGCAGUAACGAGUUCGACGGCACCUACACCUGUUCCUGUCCUGCGGGCUCCGUGAUUGGUUCCCGAACUGACCGUGCCAUGACCUGCAUCGUAGGCUCGUUUCAGUCGGGCCUGCAAACCUACACCGUAAUGGCGGGCGACACGUGCCAAACAGUCGCCGACACUUUCGGCUUCACUAUUGACUUCCUCGUUCAGAGAAAUCCCUUCUUGGACUGCGAUUUGCCGUUGAUUCCGGAUUACGUUCUCCUAGUCGCCGAUACCGCGAAUUUCACCUGGGGAUGCUCUGCGAUGGACAUAGUCUCACCAAACGACACCUGCUCGUCAAUCGAGUCGCGAAACGGCAUUUCCCAUCGUCAGCUCAUCGCGAUCAACCCAACUUUAAAUUGCUCCGAGUCGCUCCCUCUCUCGCUAACAAUCUGUACUGCCCCGGGCCGCAUCUCCUCCAAUUCCGCCAUCAUUCGCUCCUGCGGGAAGGUUCACGACGCGUCGCCGAGCGAAAGAUGUGUUGACAUUGCGAGGAAUUACAACAUUUCGCUCAACGAUCUCCUGUGGCUGAAUCCUGGGCUGAAAUGUACUGAUGACUCGCUCGGGGUGGCGGUCGCGGUGUGCGUAUCCUCCUUAUCAACAGAGCUCAUUACUGUCAACUGUUCCCAGUGGUAUACAGUAUCUCAGGGCGAUACCUGCCCCAAAAUUGCAAACGCGGUGCAGCUACCAGUGACGACAUUCCUCCGACUCAACCCAGGCCUCAGGUGCUACGCACCCGCCUUCCAAAUCGGCCAGCCUGUGUGCAUCUCUGGAACCACCACCAACAUCCAGAAAAUCAAGCUCGCCCCCAACAUCAUCCCAUACACAGUACAAGCCAACGACACCCUCGCUUCCAUCUCGUCCGAUUUCUCCUCCCGCUGCUCCAACGCUUCGUACCCAGCGUCCAUCUGCGACUCAAACUCCCUCGCAGAUUGCACCGACCAGUCAAUUGUCGAGGGCCAGAUGCUGCUGAUUCCGUGCGAGAAGCUGGUUGGGAGCCAGAUCUGUGCUACCUCGCUUCCCGUGUGUGGGUCCGACGGGGUGACCUAUGCAUCAAUGUGCGAUGCGGUCCAGGCGUUUGCGCUUCCCAUCACGCGUUACGACGUGUGUAACCUGUGUAACGACGGGCUUUGUUACAAGAGAACGGGGCAGCAUCCGCCGAAAAGCAGCUGCACUGCGCCGCCCGGAGUCUGCCCGUACCCGACCUGGAAACUUCCCCAGGAUUAUAUGGAUUACUGCCCCAUGAUGUUCAAAACACAGUGUGAAUGCUUGAAGUACACGUGCACGUACCUAUGCACGCUAUCCGCGUCAACAUACACCUACAGCCUCGCCCUGGGCAACCUGUACCGCAACUCCACCUACUUCUACCCCGCGUGCUACAGCGCCUGCUACGACAACAACCUGCGUGCCGGCUGCAAAGAAGACUUGCAAGUCUGUAACCUGGCCAACUUGUGGCAAAACUCUUCCCGCUUCCACUGGCUGGCUGUUACAAGGCCUGCACCCCCAGCAGCAGCAGCAGCAGCAGCAGCAGCAGCAGCAGCAGCAGCAGCAGCAGCAGCAGCAGCAGCAGCAGCAGCAGCAGCAGCAGCAGCAGCAGCAGCAGCAGCGGCGGCGGCAGCAGCAGCAGCAUCACCACCACCUCCUCCACCACCCAUCAACCCUCUCGCGACCGAAGGUCAUCCUCACGCGCCUUUCUCCUCUGCUCCCAUGUUACCAAACCCAACAGCUCCCUCAUCCCUCGCGUCUGGUUGCCCGUCCCACUCACCCUCAAUCACCCCAAACUCUCUCCAUGCCUUCCUCACCCACCCUUCCCCUCGUCACCCGUAUUGUUUCCCCUGCCUGCAGACCAUCCCCAACCUUUUCCUCAUACCUCGCGGUUGGUUAUCCACCAAACCAGCACAAGCAGCAGCACCAGCAGCACCACCAGCACCAGCAGCAGCAACGGCAGCGGCAACAGCGGGAGCAGCACCACCACCACCACCACCACCACCACCAGCGGGAGAGGAUGGCAUUUUUCGGCGGUAUUACAAGCCGGACGGCACGGAGCGAGCCACCAACCCCUACUCCUUCCUCAUCCCCCGCGGCUGGUUACCCGUCCCUGUCUCCCUUAAUGACUCCAAGCUAUACGGUCUGGACUCGCGCUUUGUCUCACCCACGCCUGCUGCUGUGCUGGGGGGCGGAGGAGGGGGGGCAGCAGGGGCAGCGGGAGGGUAUGCGAGUGUCGUCGAUGUAUUUGUGCUGCCCGUGGGCAAUGCUGACAAGGCAAGCAUUGAGGAAGUUGGUGACUUGGAGGAUGUGAUUGGGAUUUUUGGCCCGCCAGAUCAGCCAACCCGCGUGGUAGAUGCAUCCAUUCAGGAACGGCCAGCUGGCACGACCUACUAUCACUACGAGCUGGCAUCACCACCAGCUCUUUUGUCUGCUUAUGUAUCCGACAGCCAGAUUUACAUUUUUCAGCGCAACCUCGCAGCGAUGGCUCCAGUCAACCCGGCACUUAAUCGCGACAACUCGAAUAUUUCUAGCCCCGGUAACGCGGCGGAAACCUCGACUCCGGCCGGGACAACGGAUCGUCGCGGCGGAAAACGUCCCGCCGAAGAAAUUUCAAGCGAGGGACCCUCGGCGGUCGACCUCCUGCUCGGAGGCACCCUUCGGACCCCCCCUGAGGAACGCGCGACUGUUGUACAGUCGCGCGUGGCUGCUGCUGAAGAGCGCGUGCCUGGCAGGCACGCGCGUGCUGCGCAGAAGACGACGACCGCCGCUGACGCGGCGGCCGUCUUGACCGGCGCUGACGCGGGUCCAUCCGGGCCCACGACCCAGAAACGCCAGCGCGCGGCACCCUCCGCUGACGUCACCCCACCGUCAACGCAACCCCCCCCUUUGACUGCGCAGCAGCUGCAGGCGCUGCUCUCGUUAUUGCAGCAGCACGCUCCAUCGACUGCAGCUACAUCAACGGAAGAAAUUUCCGCUUCCGCUAAAAUCGAAAAGCAGAAGGAAAACGUCGCAGCCGCAGCCCCCCGCUCCACCCAAAAUCGCUCGCACCAACAACGCUGCUCCUCCUGCCCGCCCCGGCUCCGCACCAACCCAAGCCCGUAUCCCCGACGACUCGGAAAAUGA